CUCGUCGUCUUCCCCCAUGCUUCGACCUCACAGUCGCCGGAUUACGCACGCGAACUUCUGCAGAUUUAUACACGGAGAAGCCCCUCUGCUACGUUCAGUGCGCUGCGUCCAUACGGACUCAAACACCCAACCGGAAAGCGGCGUCCGAGAUCCAGCUGCUUACUGCGAAGACCUCGUCCGGAAACGUGAUUAUGAGGCGCAUCUAGUCUCUCAUUUCUGGCCGCGCGAAAGUCGCAGGCACUUCUUUGCGCUGAGAGCUUUCUAUGUGGAACUGGCCAGCAUUCCAGAAGCAGUUUCAAGUCCGAUGAUUGGGAAGAUGAGGAUGCAGUUCUGGCGCGAUGCAGUCAAGGGAAUAUCGGACGGCAGGCCCCCCAGGCAUCCAAUCGCACUUGCACUAUAUGACGCAUGUCAGCAUGCGAAGCUGCCAACGUACCACCUGAAGAGGAUCAUCGAUGCUAGAGAUGCCGAGUUGCACACGCCCACACAUAUGACGCUGGAUUCCCUCACAACCCACACAGAGUCCACAUCGUCCACAUUCCUCUAUCUGCUGCUCUCUUUGCUUUCUCUGUCGUCUUCUUCCGCUCUGUCACAUGCUGCCUCCCACCUUGGCAUCGCUCAGGGCAUCGCCACGCUGCUGCGGGCCCUUCCGUAUCAUGCAUCGCAGGGCCGCAUGGUCAUACCCGCAGAAAUCACAGCACGUCAUGGUGUAAAUCAAGAGGUAGUCUUUCGCAGAGGUGGUGGCGCCCAGGGAAUCGACGAUGCCGUGUUUGAGUUUGCGACAGCGGCGAAUGAUAAUUUGUUAACUUCUCUGGAAAUGUUCAAGCAAGAAGGCAUGAGAGGCCAUGUGCCAAGUAAAGCGCGACCGGUAUUUCUGACAGGGGUGCCUACGAGGUUGUACCUGGAGCGUCUGGAAGCAGUGAAUUUCGACGCGUUUCAUCCGUCGUUACAAAACCGCGAUUGGAAGUUGCCUUGGAGAAUAUGGAGUAGCUACUACAAAGCCACUUACUGAUAUUUCUGCUGUUGGCUGCCCAGACCAUCUGUAUAGUAUACAUACGCAAUUGAUGUACUACAGUCUUCCGCCGUGAUGUGUGAUGCUCGUUGCGCAGAAACCAUCAAAA